AUGCGGUCUUUACAGGUUUUAAAGCACGCAUCACGACGACAAUGCCACGCUGCCGGUAGGCAGGGAGCAGCCUCCGUGGCCGCAGCCAGAUGGCUGUCCUCUGCGACCUCGAGCGCUCAUAUGCCCCGCGUCUCUGCCGCUUCGUUACCGGUCGGUGGCGCGACGUUUUUUCUCUCGAAUCGGCUUUUUGAUCGCUCGAGGUGUCUCGAUUUUCUCGUCUUCACCGGCACGGCUCGCGCAACGUCAACUGCGGCGACUUCGACGUCCGCAAGCGACGCAACAUCAUCACAGCAGGUCCCCGAAGGCCAAUCCCUCGAGCAACUACCGCCACAUCGUCGGAGGCAGCUCAGGAAACAACAGCAGCAAAAUGUGCAGGGUAAUGGCGAGGAAGCUCCCCUGCCACCGGACGCUUCUUCCCUCCUGACGACACAGGCCGCGGCACAACCUGCGCAGUCCUUCCGACGCACCUUUUCGACCUUUCUCUCACUCUCAAAGCCUCGACUCACAGUGCUCGUUGUGCUAACCGCCAUGGUUCCCUACGCUCUCUACCCCGUGCCCGAGAUGCUUACCCCGUCCAUGACCGAGACGACAAGCCUGAGCCCGCUCACGCUGCUGUUCCUCACCACCGGCACCGCGCUAUGCUCGGCCAGCGCAAACGCCCUUAACAUGCUCUACGAGCCCGAUACCGAUUCCAAAAUGACACGGACAAGGAACAGACCGCUGGUGCGGCAGCUCAUUCAGAAGCGCAGCGCCGCGCUUUUUGCAAUUGUGGCUGGUGCUGUUGGUGCGGGCGGCCUGUAUUUUGGCGUCAACCCGACCGUCUCCGCCCUGGGUGUUGCCAACAUCGUGCUAUAUGCGGGAAUAUACACGCCGCUGAAGCGUGUCACGGCUUUUAAUACCUGGGUCGGCGCCCUUGUCGGUGGUAUCCCGCCGCUGAUGGGCUGGGCGGCUGCGGCCGGUGAAAGCGCCACCAAGGAUGGCUCAUGGAAGGAAUUACUGCUCGCCAGUGACGGCUCUUCCAUCGGCGGAUGGCUGUUGGCUGGUCUGCUCUUUGCCUGGCAGUUCCCUCACUUCAUGGCCCUGAGCUGGCCCAUCCGCGAGGAGUACAAGGCCGCGGGCUUGCGCAUGCUGGCCUGGACAAACUCAGCUCGCAACUCUCGCGUGGCCUUGCGCUACAGCCUUGUCUUCAUUCCGAUCUGCGUUUCACUGUGCGCCGCAGGUGUCACGGAGUGGUCGUUUGCGGUGACCAGCUUACCUGUGAACCUCUGGCUCGCACGGGAGGCGGUGCGCUUUUGGAAGCAUGACGGUCACAAGGGCAGCGCCAGAGGUCUCUUUUGGGCGAGCGUCUGGCAUCUCCCUGCCGUACUCAUGCUGGCCAUGCUGCAGAAGAAGGACAUGUGGAGCAGGGCUUGGCGUGGUCUGUUUGGCGAUGCAGCAGACGAAGAGGGCCUUUGGGAAGAGGAAGAGCUCCAGGAGAUGGCCGGUAUGACAGCCGAUCGCGUAAAGGAGGCAACCAAGGCUCUUGACCUGCCCCGCAGGUGA